CUUUUGACAUUUGGCAUUAGUAAUUUUGUUUAUUUCGCAUUAAUAAACCCAAUAUUUUCGUAAUUUUCCUGCUUUUUAUAAAUAUAAUUAGAUCAACUAAAAAUCGAAUUUAUAAAGACACAAGAGCAGCAAAAGAAGUGCCACGCUAUGAAGGCGGGUACAUUUCGUAACACGCAAUGGGAUCCCAUGUUGCUCAUAGCACAGAUCAUCUCAAUGCAAUCCUGCGUCUAUUUCACAUUGGGCCUUUUGGUGUUUAUUGCAAAUAUAUUGGCCGGUGAUAAUUACACCUUGGAUAAUGUUUUUGAAUAUCAUGAAAUACACAUAUCGGAUGCAGGCGGACGUCUCAUAAUUCUCGCUUUUGUACUGAAUUCGUUUAUUGCUUCCUUAGCGCUUUGGUUGAUUGUGCGACGUGCGAAGCUUUGUUUAGAUUUUAGCUGCACAUUCCACAUACUGCAUUUACUUAUUUGCUGGUGGUAUAAUUCGAAUUUUCCUUCAAAUAUCAGUUGGUGGCUACUAAAUGCCAUUACAGCGACGAUAAUGUGUAUAGGUGGCGAAUUCUUGUGUCUUAAAUCCGAAUUAAAAGAAAUACCUGUUGGCUAUGCAGCUCUAAAUCAAAAAUCGGAUGUUUAAAUACGAAAAAUAGAAUUUGACGAAACAUUAGAAUUUAACAUUCAUUCGAUACGACAAUGUAUUAAAAUUUAGGAUACUUUAAAAAGUUAUAUGUAAUCUUCAUGCUUUAUGUUUAUACUUGUUCAUAAAAACUAUAUAUAAGAUAGUAAUAAAAAUUGACAAAAUUACAUUUAUUACUAUAAAAUUGUAUUUUCUUUAACCCUUUCAUGCCAAAUGUUGCCUAUAGGCAACAUUGUACUUACCGGCUUCUAACUCUCGUUAUUUAAAUAUUUUUGACCAGCGGUUUUUUCAAUUAUGUAGACUUAGGUGUUGUGCAAGCUUACAGUUACAUUUUUUGUAAUGAGCUGUGCACCUAUUCAUUCAGUAGGCCUUCUCCGCAGAGUGGAAUUGUCAAAAUCGGUUUCGCGAAAAAGUUAUACUGAAGUGUUUAUACAAAAAGUGCUCAAAAACAUAAAAAAAAAUUGUUUUAUUUUAAAACAAAGAGAACUAUAUAAAUAAGUAAAGAUAAGAGUUAUUAAAAAAAAAAUUUCACGAGAAAAGUGUUUAGUUUUUUUAUAAUAAUCUAAUUUGUGCCUAUAAGCAACAUCCUGUAACUAAUGAACCAGGAUACAUAGGACUUUGAAAUUUUUAUCACUUCAUAUUUGAGUUAAGACUAAUAUAUAUCUGUCCUAAAAAAAAUGUUUGCUCCGCCCAUUUUAAUUCUGACAUGAGAGGUUAACUAAACAAUGGUUUCUUUAAUAAUUCUGCGUUGAAACAAACUGAAAUAUGUAUAGUAUAUUUGGAAAAGGUACAUAAAUUUAACUGAUAACGAGCGUAUUAUAAAUCUAUCGUGGAAAUGUAAAAGCUGAUGUUGUACUUACUGUCGCCCACAAAUAAAUAAAAAGUGGUUUCAGUUUUCAUUUGCUAAAAAGUACAUUUAUUUAGCAAACUUGUUUAAUAUAUGUAUAUUUUUAUUGUAUUUUGUAGGUUCGUGGUAAUUUACUAUUUGAAAUUGCUGUUGCUGAUGAUUCUCGUUCUACAUUUUUUCGUAUCCGCUGUCUUCUCCUUUUAUAUAGUUUUUAAUUUGUAGUUGCAAGCGUGUUUUUUUCACGUUAUACAUAUUUUUUUUUUUUAAUAUGGAUUUACAUUUUUAACAUUUUAUCAGAUUCGUGCUUUUUAAUGCAAUUACAUUAUUUUAUUUUAUUUUGGAGUAAUAAAAUGAAAUUGAAAAUGUAUUUUUAAUGGUUUCUUUUCUUGUUUUGCAUUUUUAUAAUUAUUACAAUCGAGUGAGUGCUUUCGAAAGUAUUAUGUACUACGUAUUUCCCCCUAGAGCGAAUUCGACUAAAAAAAUAUCGAACUAACCGCUUGUUUAACCACACCUUAUUCGUUACAUUACCAAUGCUUUUGGCCCUAACUAAUGACCACGGACUGUGUAUCCACUUGUUCUACUCCAAUCAAUUCAUUCACGCAUCCGAUUCAAAAUUCUAAUUCAUGUGUUGUCAUUCGUGCUCCUCUUCUUAAAAAUCGAUCAUUUUGCAUAUGCUUAUGAUUACUUUUUUUGUAUGGAUGUAUGUAUAUUUCAAAUUUAAAACAAUUUCUUCCAUUUGUUGCAGUUUAGAUAAUUCAUAAUGAUGUGACAUUUUUUUCAAAUUUUUCUAGUGUGUUUUUUGUUUCACAGUUAUAUGUCCAUAAGCGAUAGUUUUUGGGCGUGAUUAUGAAAAAUCGUAUUUGGAUACACUUGUAUUAUUAUUGGAUUCGUGUGUGUGUAUCUGUAAAAAUUCCUUUUGGACAAAUGUGCACAUUUUUUUGUUGGUGUGGAGAGGGAUGUCAUUUUCUUAUUCGUAUGUAAAUGUGUUUAUGCUAUGUUUGAAUGUUUGCUGUUUUAUAAAAUUAAUAAUCUAUACAUAAAUAAUAGUAAUAUAUUUUAUUUAAAUAUAUUCAGAAAGUUCCUUUUUUUUGAUUUUCUGAUUCUGCUUUCCUUUGUAUUGUUUGUAUCUUUCGUUUAUUUUUAUUUUCUGUACGUACGCAUUAUUGUUAAUAGCUUUUGCUCUGCACUCUCUCAAUUCUCGAUUUCUGAUGUUGCUAAUUUUAUAAUUUCUUUUCUUUUUUGUUUUCAUAAAAU